UUCAGUUUACUCAGUUGUUCGUAACAUAGUCAAAUCUUAUUGAUUAUGGUAUAGCUAUAGCUGAGUGGAACUGAUACAAUAACGAAUGUUAAGUUCUUUUUAUUAUUCGAACUUUAUCCAUAAACUAAUAUUGGUACCUGUUAACAAUUUUAACUAUGUCUUUAAAAAUGAAUUAUUUAUUAAUUUCCAUGGUAAUUUUAACAAUUUUUGUCACAUUGAUUCCUGCUGUAGAAAUUGGUACAGAUAAAAUAUCGACAAAUUCAAAUGAUGAAAGUACAGAUAAAAUAUCGACAAAUUCAAAUGAUGAAAAUCGUGAUACAUCGCAUAUGGUUGAUUUUGAUUAUGAUGAUGAGCUUGAGUAUAAUUAUAUGAAAAAUACUGAUCAAAAUAAUGCUGCACCAGCUUCAGUAAAAGAAUUUGCCGCUUACACUGUAAAUGAAAAAAUUAAAGAAGAUGCAAAAAAAGAUACAUCACCAAUUAAUUUUUGUAAACACAUAAAAGACAUAGACUAUUCACACUUUGUAGUGAAUUAUAUUAAAGAGUUAAAUGCAUUUAAUCCAAAUGUAUUUCCUGAGACGGAAAUUUCAUUAGAUAAAAUUAAUCGUACAGCAGAAAGUCCAAAAAGAUUAGCAGUUGUUGAUGAUUAUAUCACAAAUCAUGUCACGCUUUUUGAAAAGAAAUGGAGAAUUGAAUCAGACAAUUUUUUGACUAUAGUUGUUCGCUGUUUAAUCCAUGAUAAAAUUAAAAGCCAUGAUAUCGGCCCUGAUGAUACAGUGUUUAUUUCGGAAAAUGGAGUAAAACAAUCAAUGGACGUAGUUCAGGCGUUUUUAAAGUAUUUCAAAGAAAGUUUGGAUAGUUAUUUUAAAACUAUUACUUCAAUUGAUAUAGAAAAGAUCACCGAUGAAAAUAAAAAGAAUUUAUUUUAUACAAAAAUGUUAAGGACUAUGUCAAACAUCUACAACUCAUACAUAGUGGAUAUUACAGCAGGAAUAAAUGUACGCAGUUUGGUUGAACUAAUGAUCAAUGAAGUAGAAGCCAUAUUGGAGUCAAACAAAACCAAAAAGAUUGUUGUUAUACCACUGAAAGAACUAACAAAAGAUGAAUUUGUUGAAAAUUAUAUUACUGGAUAUGAGUCAAUCAAAUCUAGUAUGCCAGAGAGUACUGAUUGGAGAAUGGACGGUUAUGAAGUAAAAAAGAUUCGUAAAGUGGAAUAUGUCACGCCAAAUGAACCGAUAAAUGAAAGCCCAGCGGAAAAUACGAUUUAAGAAGAUAUACCUCAACAUAUUUAAUAAUUAAAAUUUAAUUUAAUUUUUAUAGUAUUUUAGUUUACUCAUUAACAUGUAUCUUAGAAAUUAUUAACAUUUCACUACCUG